AUGACAAAGACUGUCUGUAUAAUUGGCGCCGGGCCCUCCGGUUUGGUCGCGGCAAAGACAUUGCUUCAUGACGUCGCGCCAGGGACUUUCAAAGUCACAAUCUAUGAAGCUCAAUCCCGCAUUGGCGGUCUGUGGCCUUCAAGCAAAAGUGAUACCACCGGCCUGGUGCAUCCAUUGAUGGUAGCGAAUCAAAGCAAGCAUACUGUGCAAUUCAGCGAUUUCGCAUGGGAAAACGAUACACCCCAGUUACCGCGAGCUUGGCAGGUCGGUCAGUACUUGGACCGCUAUCUCAACAGGUAUGGAGGCGCAGAUAUACUGCUUGGGCAUAAGGUUGUGAGAACAGAGAUACAACUCAGUGGCGCCUGGGAAGUCGAAACCGAGUCAGAUGAAGGUGCGCAGGCGAAAGUCUUUGAUUAUCUUCUCAUCACUACUGGCUUCUUUGGAAAACCAAUAUGGCCAGAAACCGUGCCUCAAAAGGCAUCUUUCCCCAUCAUUCAUAGUAGCAAAUACCGUGACCUGUUCAGCCUCCUGGGGAAAGAGCAAGCUCAGGGAAGCAAGAUCCUCAUUGUAGGUGGGCAGAUGUCAGGAAUUGAGAUUGCCGGAACUGUGGCGUCUCAUUUGUCCUCAGCGACGAACUCUCCAGGAGAGAAGAUAAUUCCGAAUCCAGAGAAAUAUUCAAUUCAACAUGUGGUCCAAAGACCUGCCUGGGUAUUCCCACUCUUUACAUCGGCAAAGGCUGACGUCUCUGCUCCACCAUUUCUGCCAUGCGACUUGCCAUCUUAUAACCAAGCUGUUCGGCCCCAACCACUGGUCAAUGGUCAGGGCCAUGUCAGUGUUGAUGCUGCGAAGACCUUCAACUCCAUAUACCAGUCUGUACUUGGCACGGAUCAGAUUGAAUUCUCCCCGCAGAUGAAGAUAGGUGGUGAACUUCUGGAACAGCAGCCCUUCCUUGCCAUGAGCUCCAACUACGCCGAUUUCGUCAGAUCUGGACUCAUAAAUAUCAGCAAGGGAAGGCUUUCAUCCAUCGAUGAUACUACCGCCACUAUCUUGCCCGCUGACGAAGCGAUUUCUGAUAUCGCAGCCGUUAUUCUCGCAACUGGAUUUGACCCAGCACCGUCGCUACAAUUCUUGCCAGCCAAGGUCCUGGAAGCCAUUUCAUACUCACCCAGCACAACAUCCCUUCCCGCUGCUCUGGCCUUCCACGGCACACAUCACGCGGCAUAUAAAAAUCUAGGUUUUGUCGGAUUCUACCGCUCUCCGUACUGGGGUGUAAUGGAAAUGCAAGCACGGUUUGUUGCUCACCUGUGGACGACGCCCACUCACUCUUUGGCCCUUGAACAUGCGCUGGCGACUGACAACAGCAUUGAGCGGACUCUCGCCCUGCGGGAGGACCCGAGGUGCUCUCAAUUUCCCAUGGGCGACUAUGUUUUUCUGAUGCAGGAGUUCGCCAAGGCGCUGGAGAUACCGAUUGCACCUCCGCGAGAGACGCCGCCACUUGCGAACGGCAAGAGUAUGGACAUCAUCACGCCGGCGCGGUACGCUUCCAAAACAGCUUCGGGCGCCCAAUUAGCCGAAGUCGAGAAAAACCUGGUCUCAACACAUGAGACGGCCCUAGCCGGCCUGACGAAAGCCAAGUUUGUUGCGCAUGCAGUUUUUCGAUCGUUGCUCGGAGAAUGGAAACUCGACCGUGAUUUGCAUUCAAGACUCCCAAGCCACCCAAGCGGACGAUUCGUCGGGACCGCGAAGUUUCUGCUGCGAGAUGGCACGUCGGAUGGACGAACUGUUCGCGAGGGCGACGACCUGGGCAUGGAAUAUCUCUAUAUCGAAGAUGGUGACUUCAUUGCAGCCAACGGAAUGAAGUUUAGGGCUACAAGGCGGUAUGUAUGGCGCUAUGAUGAUCGGAAGGAUGUACUAAGCGUGUGGUUUGCACGAACCGAUGACAACAUGCGUGCGGAUUAUUUGUUCCAUAAUCUUGAGUUCAUCGCUCCAGCAAGCGAAGACUCCUCCAGAGGUUGGCAGGCAAAGGCGAGCCACCUUUGCAUCGAAGAUUUGUAUGACGUGCAUUAUAGCUUCAACUUCAAGGCUGUCAAUCUAAAGGACUGGAACUUAGGGUACAGUGUCAGGGGGCCAAAGAAAGAUUAUACUAUUGCGGGCAGGUAUAGCAGAAUCUAG